UAGUGCCAGGUGGUGCCUUGGGUUCCAAGCUGAGCCCAUGACCCUGAUAACCUUCUGCCUGCGCACAUACCUGCCGCUCACUCCACCCCAUGCCCACUUUGCUAUCAGGGAGGGGGCACAGGGCCAGACAGACCCACAGGGCUUUGGCUCCAUCUCUACAAAAGGGCCUUCUGUGAGCCAGUCUGCUCCCCUCCAGGCUUGCUCCUCCCCCAUCCAGCUCCUGUUUCUGAUGCAUGUACAGCCCAUACACACCACGUCCCAGGACACCCCACAGUCAGCCGCAUGGCUCCCCUGUGCCCCAGCCCCUGGCUCCCUCUGUGGAUCCCGGCCCCUGCCCCAGGCCCCGCUGUGCAAUUGCUGUUGUUACUGCUCCUCCUGGUGCCUGCCCAUCCCCAGAGCCUGCUCUGGAUGCAGGGGCCUCCCACCACAGGAGGAGGCUUAUCUGGGGAAGAUGAUCCACUGGGUGAGGGGGACCUACCCAGUGAAGAGGAUAUACCUGGAGAGGAGGACCCACCUGGAGAGGAGGACCCACCUGGAAAGUUGGACCCACCUGGAAUGAAGACUGAAGCAGGAGGAGAGGAUUCUCUGAAGUUAGAGGAUCUACCUACUGUUGAGACUCCCAGGCAUACUCAAGGCCCCCAGAAUAAUGCCCACAGAGACAAAAACGGGGAUGACCACAGUCAUUGGCGUUAUGGAGGCGCUCCGCCAUGGCCCCAGGUGUCCCCCGCCUGCGCUGGCCGUUUUCAAUCCCCGGUAGAUAUCCGUCCAGAGCUCACAGCGUUUUGCCCAGCCCUGCGACCCCUGGAACUCCUUGGCUUUGACAUCCCGCCACAACCAGAACUGCGCCUGCGCAACAAUGGCCACACCGUUCAGCUGAGUCUGCCUCCCGGGCUGGAGAUGGCCCUGGGUCCCGGGCAGGAGUACCGGGCCCAGCAGUUGCAUCUGCACUGGGGGGCUGCGGGUCGCCCGGGCUCGGAGCACACGGUUGGCGGUCACCGUUUCCCUGCCGAGAUCCAUGUGGUUCACCUCAGCACUGCAUUUGCCAAAACUGACGAGGCCUUGGGGCGCCCGGGGGGCUUGGCCGUGCUGGCCGCCUUUCUGCAGGAAGGCCCCGAAGAAAACAGCGCCUACGAGCAGUUGUUGUCACAUUUGGAAGAAAUCGCCGAGGAAGACUCUGAGACUUGGGUCCCAGGACUGGAUGUAUCUGCACUGCUGCCCUCUGACCUCAGCCGCUACUUCCGAUAUGAGGGGUCUCUCACCACACCCCCCUGUGCCCAGGGAGUCAUCUGGACUGUGUUCAACCAGACAGUAAAGCUGAGUGCUAAGCAGCUCCACGCCCUCUCUGACUCCCUGUGGGGACCUGAUGACUCUCGGCUACAGCUGAACUUCCGAGCUACACAGCCUUUGAAUGGGCGAAUAAUUGAGGCCUCCUUCCCUGCUGGAGUGGACAGCAGCCCUGGGACCGUUGAGCCAGUCCACCUGAAUUCCUGUUUUGCUGCUGGAGACAUCCUGGCCCUGGUUUUUGGCCUUCUCUUUGCUGUUACCAGCAUCGCCUUCCUUGUGCAAAUGAGAAGGCAGCGAAGACACCCAAGUGGGACCAAAGGAAGUGUCAGGUACCACCCGGCAGAGGUCACGGAGGCUGUUGCCUAGAGGCCUGCAACUUGGAGAAUGUGCAGAGAAGCUGGCCAGAGGAAUGUGAGGGGGAGCUGGAGACUUUGUCCUGCCCAUU